AUGGGCAGCGGCGGGUCCUCGUCGUCGUCGGGGUCGCGGUCGGAGCGGCUGCCGUCGUCGGUGGCGGAGCAGCUGAGCGGCGGGGAGGCGUCGCUGGAGCUGACGGGGCGGCGGUGGCGGGAGCUGCCGGGCCCGGUGUGCGCGCUGGGCGGCCUGCAGAAGCUGUACAUCAGCGGGACGGGGCUGCGGGCGCUGCCGGGCGCGAUCGAGGGCCUGCGGGAGCUGCGCAUCCUGGCGCUGGACUCCAACCGGCUGGAGGAGCUGCCCGAGGCCCUCUGCCGCCUCCCGCGCCUCACCCGCCUCUACCUGGGCGGCAACCGCCUCUUCGGCCUGCCCGCCCACUUCGCCCAGCUGCAGAGCCUGCGCUGCCUGUGGAUCGAGGGCAACUACCUCUACCGCUUCCCGCGCGCCCUCCUCCACCUGCCCGCCCUCCAGUCCCUCCAGAUGGGCGACAACCGCCUCCGCGCCCUGCCCGCCGCCCUCCCGCGCAUGAGGGGCCUGCGCGGCCUCUGGCUCUACGGCAACCGCUUCGAGGACUUCCCCCCGCCGCUGCUCCGCAUGGCCCAGCUCCACAUCCUCGACCUCGACCGCAACCGCCUCGCCGCCUUCCCGGACCUGACCCACCUGCGCCGCCUCCGCGUCCUCUCCUACGACCACAACCCCGUGGAGGCGCCGCCCCGCGUGGCCGACUCCGUCAUGCUGGUGGGCGAAGGGGCCCAGGAGUUCCUGGAGGCCCGCGAGGAGCGGCUCCGCAAGCUCCGCGAGCAGGAGGAGACCGAGGAGGCGGAAGCCCUGCGGGCCGCCACGAGGAACGACUCCUCGCUCCUGGACGACGGCGAGGGCAGCGGCUCCGCCCUGGAAGGCUCUCCGGAAGAGACAUGA